GACCUCACUGGGGAUUCCAGUGCCUGAUUGGUUAUGGAGUUCCCAUGGCUGUCGUUGCUGUUUCAGCUGGAAUUAUGCCUGAUGGCUAUGGGAGUGACAGGUGCUGGUUGAAUUACGACAGAGGAUUCAUCUGGAGUUUUCUUGGUCCCGUGUGCUGCAUCCUUGGAAUAAACGCUGUCCUCUUCAUCAUCAUCCUCAUCCUCCUUCGCACUGCCCUGUCCCAGAUGCAGCACGGCCCAGCACACGAUAAACUAAUCAAGAUGGUGGUGUUUAAAACCCUGGUCCAGUCUGUUAUCGUUGGGUUGCCUUGGAUACUGGGAUUCUUCACUAGAAGCAGCCAGGCACUGGAUGUGGUCUUCCACGUGCUCAACAGCCAACAGGGAACCUUCAUCUUCCUGCUACACUGUGUUCUCAAUGAGGAGGUGCGAAAGCAGUUCCGGAGUUGCUGCAGGAGAAUGACGAAUAAAGAAUGAGUGUCACAGCGGCACCCCCUUCAAUGUAACUUAAAAAAAAUAAUUGUUUUUCCAUCCAAAUUCUCUCCAUUAAUGCAAGUCCGUACCAUUGCAGUUCACAACAACUACACCAUUCUUAAUUGAAAUCAUCAAAUUACUUUCAUUCUCCUAUUCAUGUAAUUAUCUACUUAUUUUUCAAAACGAGGCACAACAACAUCCACCAUACAGUGGAACUUUCCACAUAGAGUACAUUCCAUAUGUUCUAAUUUAUAUUUUAUAGGCUGGUUGAUUUGUUUUUAGAAUGUGUCUUGGAUGAUCCGAUCCUAUGUUUCUCUGUUACGUCUGAAGGUGUAGCUUUGUCUGAACAGCAUAC